UCAUGGGAGGUGCAUUAAAGUGUGGGAUUCAAAGAAAGCCAAAGAAAAGCAGUACUCAUAAAUUGAUUGCUUAAAAAUACUUAGGAAAAUGUAUACAUUGAAAUUAGAGUGUAGUUGAUGAAUUUGAACUGGAUAUGCUUAUUCUUAUUUUUAAAGACCUGUCUUCUAGAUAAAGUAAUUCAUUGUUAAGUAGAGACACAUUCAAUACCUUCUUUUAAAUAAUAGUUUGUAGCAUAUAGAUUAUUAAUGUAGGGAUUUUGGGGAGAACAAAUAUUUAAUAAGUUCACUAAUAAGUAAGAAGAUUACAUGAAUUUUGAUGAGUUUUUAGCAGGAAUGGAAAUGUACAUUAAAUGUUCAGAUGAAUAGCGAAUUGUGAAUUUGUUUCAACUUUAUGAUUUAAAAAGCUAAAAAGGAAUAGCCAAGAAUGAUUUUUUAUAAAUGGUAUGUUAAGUUUUAGAUAAAAAUAGAUGCAAAAUUAUCCUUAAUAUGAAUUAAAGAAGAUAUGUGAAGACUAGCUAUUUUUAGAUGAAUCUUUGAUUAUUGAUGAUUUCGGUAAUAGACGUAAACAUCAUCAUAGAAAAUAUAAGAAUAGUGCAGAUAUAUUGGAAUUAUCAGGUAUAUAUAUAAAUGCAUAAUGAAUAAGUCUAACAAUUUAGAAAGUAGAGCUAGAAUAUUUCUGAACAGCAAUUUGAUAGUUCUAAGAAAAUAAUCUCAGAAGGUUUAUAAAGUUGUUUUUCCAAAUAAUCUGAUGCCCUUUUUGUAUAAGAUAGUAUGAUUUAAGAAAAUGGUAUAUCUUAAAAACGAUUUGGAUUGAUAAUAACAGCUUAAGUAUAUUAUUUAAUAAAUUAGGUUGAUGGUUAAAAGAUUGAAAUGUGUGUGAAUUAAAGUCUAUUGAUUAAGAAAUAUGUUGAUUUAGUGUAUAAGAAUAAACACGAUUAAUUAUUGUCAUUACAAGAAUUCUAGGCAUUUAUUGCUAAACAUCCUAAUUUAAUCCAACCUCUAUAUGCAGCCUUUAAUUAUAACAUUUGGGGAAUCAUAGAUAAAUAGCCAAACUAUAAAUAACUGUAAGAAUGCGAUGAAUACAAAAUAGAAUGUUGAUAAUGUCAGGAGACUUAUAUAGAAUUUCAAAGAAAAAAGAUAUUAAAUAGAAAUAUUGUGAACUUUAUCCACAUGUGUUAAUAGAGUUUAGUAAAAAAGGAGAAAACCCUUCAAAAGUCAUAUGUUUGUAGGGUUUGAUAAUAGAGGAGAAGGUACACCAAUAAGUUUAAAAGUAUGGUUUUGAAGUGAUACAUGUUGGAAAAUAGUAUAAGAGUAAGAGUUAUGAAUGUUCUGAUGAUAAGUAAUUUAGAUUAUGGUAGAAUGCAUUACAAGCUUAUAAUAAGUAAUUAUGAUAGUAUUAUUGGAGUGGGGAGAUAAGCAAAAAGUAUUCUAUAUUAGAGAAGAUUGGGUAGGGUCAAUCAUCUAUGGUUUAUAAAUGUUAGGACAAAUAGACAAAGGAGACAUAUGCUUUGAAGAUUAUCAAUAAAUAAUAGAUUUCUUAGAAUUAAGUAGAAGCUAUAAAGCAUGAGGUUGAGAUAAUGAAAUUGAUAAAUCAUUAAUAUAUUGUAAGAUUAGUUGAGAGUUUUGAAAAUAGAAGUCACAUCUACUUAGUUACUGAAUUAAUAAAAGAUGGAGAUCUGUAUGAUUAUGUAGAAGAGAAGAAAUAUCUGGCUGAAGAUGAAGCUGCUUUAGUUUUAUCUUAAUUGAUUGAAGCAUUGUUGUGUAUACAUUCAAUGGGAAUUGUACAUCGUGACAUAAAACCAGAAAAUAUAAUGAUAGUUUUGAAUUAGAAUACUAUUAAAUAGGUGAAGAUAAUUGAUUUCGGAUUUGCCAAUUAUUUAUCCAUUUUGAAUGAGAGGAAAGAGAAUUUCGAAUGUGGUACAAUGAAUUAUAUAGCACCUGAAGUAUAUUAGUAAUGUAAAGAAUUGACAUCUAAAAUUGAUAACUUUGCUUUGGGAGGAGUUCUGUAUUUUAUGAUAUGUGGUUAUGCACCUUUCUAUUCUGAAAUACUAUUAGAAAUAAAAGAAAAUAUUAUUGAUGGCAAUUAUGACAUUUAAGAUGAGUUCUGGCAAUGUGUUAAUGAUGAUGUUAAAGAACUCAUUGCUGGAUUAUUUGAUGUUGAUCCUAUUAAAAGAUUAUCACUCUAACAAGUUAAAGAACAUAUUUGGAUGAAGAAAUUUUUGGAGAAGCGUAAAUAAAAGAAGAAAUGA